AUGGCGUCAGAAUCAGCUCACCCAAAGAACUUUGGCCUUCUCGUGUACCCUGGCUUCGAAGCCUUGGAUGCGUUUGGUCCCAUGGAGGUAGUGAAUGACAUAUCCUUGUCGCAUAACAUCACACUAUCGACAAUUGCCGAAACUAUGGACCCGGUUUCGACUAUCAAGAAGGGCAAACACUCUGCUGGACAAAGUGUUCUGCCUACUCACACUUUUGAAAAUUCCCCCGCACUUGACGUGCUGAUCAUCCCUGGAGGAUACGGUGGAUUCGAGACUACACCCAAACUGAGACAAUGGAUCAGCGAUACUGUGCCAAAGCUUAGCACAUUGAUUACUGUCUGCAACGGGGCUUCGCUGGCGGCUCAGGCUGGCGUGCUGGAUGGCAGAAGUGCCACGACGAACAAGGCGCUCUGGAAAGAGUGUGUCGCUUACGGCCCCAAGGUCAAUUGGGUCGCCAAGGCGCGGUGGGUUCGAGAUGGGAACAUUUGGACCUCGUCUGGCGUCAGUGCUGGCAUUGACGCUACGCUGGCCUGGGUUGCGUCUGAGUAUGGUGACGAGUUCGCAAACAACAUCGCCAAUGGGAUGGAGUUUACGAGGGCCAGCUCAUCCACAGAUGACCCUUUCUCAACCUUGUUUAAUUGUACGGAUGUAUCUCCCCAAGCUUAA